GGGUUUCCUCAAAAUCCUAACUGGAUCAAUGAUAAUACCCCGUUAAAAACCAACUGCAACACAUUGCUUGCUGCUUUGACAGGUCAUUGCAGUUUUGUGGAAAUGGCGUCUGUUGUACACAUAGUUGUACAACGCAAGACACCCACAUAAAUGAAUACAUAACCAAAGUCAAAUUCCCCCACACCACGAAUCUCAUGUCUAUUACAGUGUAAUGUGCCAGUCAGCUGGUAGUUCCGUACAAGUUUAGAGUUUCUCGGUACGGUGAAUUAGAACUAUAAAAAAUGUUUAUAGUUGGUUUAACAGGAGGCAUAGCCACGGGAAAAAGUACGGUGGCAGCUAUAUUCCGAGAAUAUAAUAUACCCGUCAUUGAUGCCGAUCAAAUUGCCAGAAAAGUUGUUGAACCAGGGAGACGAGCAUGGCACAAGAUUCGAAAAGAAUUCGGUCCCGAAGUGUUCUAUGAGUCCGGACAGCUCGACCGAACCAAAUUGGGUGAUUUGAUCUUCAACGAUGUCGAAUUAAGAAAGAAAUUAAAUGCCAUAACACAUCCAGAUAUAUACAGAGAAAUGUGCUGGGAAGCUUUAAAAUGUGUACUGCGUGGAUAUCCUUUCAUAGUGAUGGAUUUACCGUUGCUCUUUGAGACUGGUCACAUGCUCAAUUAUUUGCACAAAAUAAUAGUAGUCACUUGUGAGGAAGAUCUUCAGCUACAGCGUUUGAUGGAACGAUCAGGAUUCACGGAAGCAAAAGCAAAACUACGAAUCGGGGCUCAAAUGUCCUUAGACAAAAAGGCAGAGAUGUCAAAUUUCAUUGUUGAGAAUUCAGGCAGCGACAGGGAUACCAGGGAACAAGUUAUCAAAAUAAUUAAUGUUUUAAAAUGUUCCAAACACCACUGGAAACUUAGGUUUAUUGCAGGAAUUUGCUGUACCGUAUUCUUGGCUGGUGCUUAUUGGCUCAAAACCAAAUCUAACAAGCCGUUACCUCCGCCUGUAUUGUGAUGAGCGUUCUAGUGACUGCCCUUGUUUUAAUCAAAGCAUACAAACUUUUAUAGAUGUUAUUAGGUGAACGUUGUAGUUGAUAACACAAAUAUGCUCUACUAUUAAUUACCAUUAUUAAAAACUCGCAAUCAAUUUUAAAAUAUCAAUUCG